AUGGGGAGGAUCCCAUGCUGCGAGAAGGACAACGUGAAAAGGGGACAAUGGACGCCCGAGGAAGACGCCAAACUUGUCUCUUACAUCGCCCAACACGGCACCCGCAAUUGGCGUCUCAUACCCAAGAAUGCCGGCCUACAGAGGUGCGGGAAGAGUUGCCGACUCCGCUGGACCAACUACCUGCGCCCAGACCUGAAACAUGGAGAGUUCAGUGAAGCAGAAGAGCAAGCCAUUGUGAAGCUCCACUCCGUAGUCGGGAACAGAUGGUCCUUGAUAGCAGCCCAGUUGCCAGGACGUACAGACAAUGAUGUCAAGAACCACUGGAACACCAAGCUCAAGAAGAAGCUGUCUGGCAUGGGCAUCGAUCCAGUCACCCACAAGCCCUUCUCCCACCUAAUGGCUGAGAUCGCCACGACCUUGGCACCUCCACAGGUGGCUCAUCUUGCUGAAGCAGCGCUAGGUUGCUUCAAAGACGAAAUGCUCCACCUCCUCACCAAGAAGCGGAUUGAUUGGCAAGUACAACACUCCGGUGCUGGCUAUGAUAAUAACCAGCCGUUUGCUGGCAAUCCCCCAAACUCCUCCUCAUGGGAACUAGCAGUAAAACAGGAUGACAAAUACGACACCGUGCAGAAAAUCAAACUUGGUAUAUCAAGGGCCAUUCAGGGCCAGGUCAGCUUUGACGCCGCACAGGCUGAAGAUCUGCAACCAACAAAACCCUGGGGAAUUGCAGGCGAAGGUGCGGAAGGAUUGAUUGCUGCAGCCAGCAGCUUCCCCCCAGCAUCUGCAGCCGGAUUCCAGUAUGCAGCAUCACCUUACGGGAAUGACGGGGGAGCCUCGCCAUGGAGCCAAAGCAUGUGCACUGGAAGCACAUGCACAGGUGGUGAUCAGCAAGGAGGACUUCUUCCAUUGAAGGGAGAGGAAGAGGAUGGUGAAGAUGCACAAUGCAGCACUGGAGGGGCCGCUGAUGCAGGGAAAAGCGGUGGAGUAUUCAAUUCAGACUGCGUCUUGUGGGACCUUACUGAUGAUCUCAUGAAUCCCAUCGUAUAGG